GUGCCGGAGGAAGCGGGAGCCGGAGCGGCCGGGCAGGGGACAGCGCUGUGGCCGCCGCCGGGCCGGCCAGCCCCGGGCAGCGCGCUGGCCAAGCCGAGGUGGCGGGCACCGGGCACGACCGAGAGGACCGGCGCGACUCCGCGGAGCGCUGCCAGCGGGGCGCCAGGGCCGCCACCUCCCGCCUCCGGGACCUGGCAGCGGAAACGCCUCCGAGGGGGCAGGACCUCCGCGCUCCGAAGGUGCUGAAGAGCUGAGUCCCUUACCCACGGAGGCUGCCUGAGACCCCGUGGGGCCAUGGCGGGCCAUGGCUGUCUGGGGCUGGGGCUGUUCUGCUGGGUCCUCCUCGCUGUCCCCGUGGGCCCCCAGCCUGCUUCCUCCAUCCCGGGCGCCCCUCUCACCACGCUGACCCCACCACCUCAGAGCGAGGCCUCUAUGCUGUCCCUCAAUCUGGGACUGAACUUCAAAUUCCACCUUCGGGGACCUGCUUCGGCCUGGGGGGCGCCCGUCACGGAGACCCACCCGCUGUCCCCCGGGCAGAGCCAGGAGCUGGAGGAGGAGGCGGCCAGUGGACUGAGGACUGACCCGCUUUGGGAUCUGCUGGUGGGCUCCCUGGGGAACUACUCCCCAGAGUGGGGUUCCGCUGAAGGCAGCGCCACCCCCUGGGCCUCCUCCCUGCCUCUGGAAUCCACUUCCCCCCUCUCUGGGCCCACCACCCGGCCUACUGCCCCCUACCAGCCCAGGGCGGGCACUAUGACCUGGGACACUGCCCUGAUGGCCACAGCACCUCCGUCCAGCGCCCCCAGGCCCCAGCAGACGGAGCUGGAAGUGCAGUUUGACAUGUCCCUGAGAGCAGGGGCAGCCCCCACGCUCGGGCAUCGGACCCUGCCCCUGCUGCCCAGUCUGCGGGCCAGCCUGGCAGAGAUUGCUGGGCGCCUGGGACCGUUCGGGUUCUUCGGCACCACUCUGUCCCCUCUCCGGAACUUCUCAGGCGGGAGCCCGCCGGGCCCGGCGGCGUCCCCGAGCGCUGCCUCCAGAGCCUCUGCUUUGCCGGGGUCCUUUGGCACCACGCUGUUCCCACCCCCGUCCUCCCUGGAUAGCAAGCUUGCAAGCCCAGGCCCACCAGGCCCACUAGACCCAACUGCUUCUCUGAGCGCCGCCUCCGUUGCAACCACAUUGCUAGAACAGGACGCCACCCUCCCCACCUUUGGUCCAGAGGAUCCCUCUCCUGCCAGCCUCGGAAACCCUUCUGUGCAGCCGGCGGGGUGUGGGCCAGGGUCCUGCCACGUUGAACUGCCCGAAGGCGAGGGGCAGCCUCCUGCGGCCCCGCUGUCCCUCUUCUUCCUGACCCUGGAGGCCGACUGGGCGGAGGCCCGGGCUCGCUGGGGGUUGGCCUGGGAGGCCCACGUGUACGGGGUAGGCGCCCUCUUCGGCCUGGUGGCCGCGCUGGCGCUGCUGGCCCUGGCCCUCUUGCCCUGGCGCUGCCCGCCCGGCGCCCCCUGCCUGGCGCUGCUGGACGUGCUCCUGCUCUCGGCCGGGGCCACGCGGGCGUUCCCGCUCUUCUACGACGCCUACGGGCAUCGCGACCGGCUGCCCGCGCUGGCCUGGCUGCUGCUGCAGGACCUGCCGCCGCCGUGCCUGGCCGCCGGCCUGGGCCUGGCCUGCCUGCUGCUGGCCCGGCCGCGCCCGCCGCGCUGCCCCGCCGGCCUGGCCGCGCUGCCGCUGCUGGGCCUGGCGCUGGCGGCCGCCGCCGCGCUGGGCAGCGCCGCCCACCGCCCGCUGCGGCCCCUGCGGCUCGCCUCCCGCGGCCUGCACGCCUUCCUCGCCGCCCUGCUGUCCGCCCUGCUACUGGCGCUCUCCUGCUGGCGGGGCCGGAGGCGGCGGGCCGGGGCGCCCCUCGGAGGGUCCGGGCUGCAGGGCGCCACGCCGCUCCCGCCGGCGGCGCGCAGCCCCUUCGCCCCGCGGGACUCCUGGAGGCGCGCGGCGCGCACGGCCCCGGUGGCCGGCGCCUUCGGGCUGCUGAGCGGGGCGCUGCAGGGCUACGAGGUGCUGCACGCCCUGGGCCUCGGCGGCCAGCCCGGCCUGGCGGGGCCCUGGCCCUGGUGGGCCUUCCAGCUGGGCCUGCGCCUGGGCGAGGUGGGCAUCGCGCUGCCGCUGGCGCUGCUGGGCCUCUACCCGGCGCUCUGCAGCCCCCGCGCGCCGCCGCCGCGCUGCUGGGCCAAGCUCCUCCGCCUGUCCCCGGGCCACGCGGCGCCGCUGCUGCCCGCGCGCUGGGUGCCCGGGGCGCCGGACAAGGAGCCUCUGGGCGGCGCCAUCGCGCGCGGCGACGCGGAGCUGCUGCAGCUGUGCGCCCUGGCGGGGCCGGGCCCCGACCUCCUGUUCCAGGGAGGCUCCUGUCGGGGCUGCGGGGGGUCAGCGGCCCACCCGGCGCCCCCCUCCCCAGCUUCCUCCCCAUGCAGCGACUGCACUGUGGACUUCGCCCCGCCAUCCCCCAUCAACCUGCGGCGCAGCAUCGAGGAGGCCCUCUGCAGCGAGGCGCUGCUGGCGCCCGGGCUCUUCCAGGGCCCUGCCUUCGGGGAAGCCCUGCCCGGGCUCGGCCUCUACGGCACCUCCUCGCCCGGGGCUGGGCCCAGUGGGAGGUCCGAGGAGGCCCCGGUCAUCUCCGCGCCCCCAGGCCUUUCCUCCCCCGGGGCCUGGCCCGCGGGCAGUAGCGCGUCGUCAGGCUCGCUGUGUGGACUUUCCCGGGACAGUUCGUCCAUGCUGCUGUGCUCCAGCCCAGACCGGGACCGGGCCCCGCGCUGCCCGCUGGUCUGCGUCCUCAGCCCCCCGCGGCCCUCUGCAAGCAGCCCACGCCUCCCAGCCUCAGGAUCCUACCAGGCCCUGUCCCCGUCCUCCCGCGACUCCCCAGAGCCUGCCUGUGAGCUGCAGGCCCAAGAGGCCUUGCUGCAGGAGCAAUUCCUGGACGCCUGCCGGCAGAUCGACGAGUUGAGCAUGGGCAGCGACACCAUAGACCUGUGAAGAGGAAGCCCCCUCGGGACCAGGCCAUACGCCCCCUCCUGGCGUCAGCCCUGCCCCUGACCUGCACACUGUCACCCUCCCCCCAUCCGGCCUGACUCACAUACCUCGCCCUGCUUCCUCCCCCAUCCAGGGGCUUCUGGGUGGGUGGGUCAGCAGCCAGGCUCUGUGGAUUGGGAAUUAGUGCCGCCUCCUCUGGAGCCCUGGGCGUCGAUGCCCUCGCCAUUCUAGGCUGGCAGGGGUCCCACUUGCCUUGGCAUUCACCAGCAAUAAAGCUCCAAGGUGCUCCACUCCUGAUCGCCACUGCCCGCUCUGGUACUGGGUGAGGGGGGCUAUCCUCAGAAGACCUCGGGAUGGUCCUCAGCCCCCGUGCCCACCUCUGCCAUGCCCAGGAGUCCCAUCCCUGCGGGAGAGACUCCCCGUUCCCACAGGACCCUCCCCUGGAGAAGGAAGGGUCCAUGGCCCACCUAGGAGACUCUACAGCUGUUGUGUGGGGGAUGAGCGCUAUCAGAGUUAAUUUAUCAAUAAAAUAUUUUCAGAGGA